GAAACAUUAUUUUGAGGCAGGGCUUGAUGCCAUAUAUAUUCAUGCCUUUGCACAGUGUAAUCAGAUGCAUUGUACUUGAUUUCGGUGCGGUUUACCAGUCCUACUUUUUGAAGAAAGCAAUUCAGCGAAAGCUAUUCAGCAAAUUGAACCACCAGCCCGAUAAUGGAACUGACAAUAAAACUAGAAGUUCCGAAGACUCUGGAAGUGAGCGGUGAAGCCACAGUUGGCGAACUCAAGCAGCGCAUCUCUCAGCUCUUCGGAGAGCCUCCUUACAGACAGAAGCUUUCUGCCGAUAAUGGUACCCACAUCAGCCUCGAGGAUGAUUCCAGAACCCUCAGCAGUUACGGGUUACACUCUGGAUCUGUGGUGAGUCUGCUCAUCACCAAACCUGCACCUUUCCAAGUGUUCGUCAAGAAUGAGAAAGGCCAGUUUGGAACGUAUGAAGUUGAUGUCAAUGAGACCGUCGAUCAGCUCCAGACUAAGAUCUACAACAAAGAGAGAGUCCCAAAGGAUCAGCAAAGGCUGAUUUACAACGGAAGACAGCUGGAGCCUGGCAGAAAGUUGCAAUAUUAUGACAUCACACAACUAAGCACCAUUCACAUGACUCUCCGUCUGCGAGGAUGUUGAUUGGUGAAACGUGGGCAAAAAUUACUAAAAGUGAUGUACCUGAAUAUUGUAGGCCUAUAACUCAAUAUCAGAAUGUUGUGGUUUAAUAUAUUUUUUUGGUGAUUGAUAAAACAGUAUCUGGGGAACAAUGUGUUAAAAGCUCAUGUAAUUCCACUGUAUUUAUCUGCAUU